GCCGGACUUAUCAUAAGCUAUCGUGCUACUGCUGCUAUAUCAGUAUCCAGUGUAGCGAUUGCUCGCGUGAGAUCGUCACUUUUACCUCCGAUAUCCGUUCUUCAAAUCCGGCAUCCAUUCGCCAGCAGGGCCACCAUCACAGUCAACAUGGCAGGCGAUUUCAGAUUAUCGGCCGCCUUGCAAGGGCACGAGGAAGAUGUUCGAGCAGUCGUUUGGCCCAGUCGCAACACCCUCUUCUCCGCCUCACGCGAUAACACAGUCCGACAAUGGCAAUUGACCGCACCAAAGCCUCCAACAUAUGACGACUGCAUCGUGCUCCAGGGAUCACAUUGGUACAACGGCAUUGCAUUCGCGCCACCAUCAAAACAGUAUCCAAACGGUGCCAUCGCGGCAGGAGGCAAAGAAACGUUUGUGUUCGUCAAGCAUGUUGGACAAUCACUGGAGGAGGACCCCCACCGGUUGCUAAUCGGACAUGCCGGCAACAUUACUUGCGUGGCAUUCAGCGAGGAUGGGAGCAAAGUGAUCAGCGGAGGCUGGGACAGCCAGGCGUUCGUCUGGGAUGUAGAAGCUGGGAAUGUGACCGCUGAGCUCGAAGGACAUGGAGGGCCAGUCUGGGGUAUUUUGGUAUAUGAUGCCAGAUUCAUCCUCACGGCAUGCGCAGACAAGGUCAUCCGACUGUUUGACAUCAACGGCAAAUCGCUCCAGGCAUUUCAAGGCCACACGGAUGUCGUACGAUGCUUCGUCAAACUCCCCGAUGGACAUGCAUCAGGCGCUGCUAUUGCUUCGGCUGGUAAUGACGAAGUCAUACGGUUGUGGACUCUCGACGGAAAACAGGCAGCGGUGUUGGAAGGUCACAAUGCGUACAUCUAUAGUCUGGCGAUCCUGCCCAACGGCGACAUUGUGAGCUCAUCGGAAGACCGCACUGUGAAGAUAUGGCGAAAUGCGCAAUGCAUCCAGACGAUAUCACACCCGGCGAUUAGCAUCUGGACCGUUGCAGCAUGCCCAGAGACCGGCGAUAUCGUCAGCGGCGCAAGCGACAAUGUCGUUCGAUUGUUCUCGCGCGACCCUGAACGACAAGCCGAUCCCCAGGUGCUCAAGGAAUUUGAUGAGAGAAAUAGAAUGUACGCGAUUCCAGCAGAGACAGCGACGCAGGGUCAACCUUUUGAAAAAGAGACUCUACCUGGUCCUGAGGAACUGCAGAGCAAGGUUGGGGAUCGAGACGGCCAACAAUUGUUUAUUCGCGAGAACGACGGCAGCGUCACUGCACAUCUUUGGUCGGCCUCCACUAGCCAGUGGAAUCUGAUCGGUACAGUGGUGUCCGGCGAAGGCUCUGGUUCAUCGAAGAAAGUCUACGAAGGCAAAGAGUAUGAUUACGUCUUUGACAUCGACAUUGAGGAUGGCAAGCCUCCACUCAAAUUACCAUACAAUUUGACAGAAAACGCAUGGGAUGCGGCCAGGAAGUUCCUUGAGAGGAACGAGCUGCCUCUGUCAUAUUACGAACAGGUUGCCAAUUGGCUUACAGAGAACACCAGAGGCGCAAAGUUCGGCAGGGACACAGCACCUUCACAGCAAGCCCCCUCUCAAGGCCACGAUGCAUGGGGUACCGAGAAAAGAUACCGUCCUGGCGACGCAGGUCCAACAUCAUCUGGCUCUUUGCCGCAGCGGAAAUAUCUUGAUAUCAUAGAAGGCAACCCCCUCAACGCAAUCAAUUUGAUCUGCAAAAAGACCGACGAACUCAAAAGCAGUGGUGACAUCACAGCCGAGCAAUCUCUGCAGUCAGACGACGUACAGGCGCUGCAGGCUCUGUCCACUCAGCUUCAAAAUAAGACGGACCCGAAACCGACUGCAGCGCAAACAUCACCACUUUUCAAAGUCGCAACGCAGUGGCCGACCAAGAGCCGAGUGCCCGCUGUCGGUGUUCUCGCCUUGUGUGCUGUGUCACCUGAUUUCGUCAAUACAGCAAGCAAUGGCACAGUCAUAGAAACGCUCUCCUCUGCAAACCUAUUCGCACCUCGACAAGAAACUGCAAAUAAUGUCGUCCAUGCAAUUCGUCUUCUGGUGAACCUCUUUAAGAGCGACCCCGGCCGUCACGUAAUAGCGGAAUCCUUCGACAACAUCCUCUCUCUCAUCCGACCUUACGCCACUGAACCCGAGUCUCCUGCACAAGCGAAAGCUCUCGCAACGCUGUACGUCAAUCUGGCGGUCUUGUUAAUCUCCGACUCCAAGCCAUCGAAUGCGACGAUCAAGGCGAAGGCACUCCUGACCGACAUCGCGGUCUUGCUUGAGUGUGAGAACCCUCAUGCGGCAGCAGACGCCGAGAUCCUCAGCCGUGCACUCAUUGCGCUAGGAACAUUAUUGUUCUUGAGCGAUCAAUUCCGGAGAGAGCUCAAACCUGGUGUGGCGGGCAGUUUGCACUUCGUGGCCACCAAACCGCUAGCGAAAAGUUCCGAGAUGGUGCAGAGGGUGUUGCAGGAGCUGAGAGACUUGCUACGGUGAUUUUGUUUCCCGCGACACUGAAUCGUCUCGAAUAAUCAAGCUCUAGGCUCAGAAAAGUUGUAUCACAAGCAUUACACGAGACAUGAAUUCUCGCGGUAGGGCUGGUCGUUCCUCGUAUGCCAUACAUGUUUCACGACGUGGGUCUUAAACUGUCCUCACAAGUGACUUUGCCUGGAUCGCAUCGUACUAUAAAUAUGCUAUUGUCU